AUGCCCAAAUUCUUCGUCCCGCGGCCAGAACAGAUAUCGGAGACCCGGCGGCUCCACGCUCGAGGAAACGUUCGAUUCAUGCAGAGCGCCUUCGUCAAAGAGACUUUGGGAGAGCAUCGACUGUGGACGGAAGAAGACAGGCCAGUUAUGGUCCGCGAUGGCAACUUGAUUACCGUCCGAAUAUAUCGGCCUUCGACCCUCCCAGGCGCGCGACCAGUCAUGGUGUUUGCACAUAGCGGAGGAUGGUGCAUGGGUGGACUCGACACUGAAGAGUUCAUCUGUCAGCUCCUCUGUAUCAAGCUAGGCAUCAUCGUCGUCAAUGUCGGAUACCGGCUGGCUCCUGAAUGGCGAUUCCCCACACCCAUCCUCGACCUCUACGAUGUCCUGAAAUGGGUCUCGGUCAACGCCGAAGCUUUGGGAGGAGACCUCUCUAAGGGCUUCCUGACCGGCGGCGCCUCCGCGGGUGGCAACGUGACAAGCAUGGCUGCCAUCCAAGCGAGAGACGAGCAUCUCCAGCCUCGCCUGACGGGACAUCUUUUCCUAUGCACUGGCAUGCCGCACUCCUACAUCGACAGCACAGGAGAUAUCCUCAACCUGUUCCCGGAGCAGCUGGCCCAUGGCUCCUGGGAAAAGUACAAGAGCGGGCCAGUAGCUACGCGUGAAAUGAACGUUCUCUACGGAUAUAUCGCAGGCUUCAAAGCAAGUCAUCCUUCACCAUUGAAGCUGACUGACUUCUCCGGACUAGGCCCCGUCUAUUACCAGGCCGCCGAAAUGGACAUCUGGAGAGACAGUGCCGUCUUCUACUGCGACAAGAUCCGACAGGCAGGUGACCAGGCGAAAAUCGACAUUUACCCUGGAGUGCCACAUCUUUGGUGGGCAAUGUAUCCACAGUUGUCCAUCAACAAGAAGUGGGUCAAGGAUCUGGUGGACGGUGUAGAGUGGUUGCUGAAGCAGAACCGAGACCCUGCGAAGUCCUCACGACUGUGA